UAUCACGCAUUUGGCUUGUGGACAAACUCGGCCUUUGGAAUCCCUACCGCGUUCCGGUUAGUUUGAGAAAGAUCGUGGCUACUUUCAAAAGGUUGUAAGGAGCCAAUUCACGACUCUUUCAGUUUUAGCGGGAAAACUGGAAAAUGAAAGCUAACGGUGGUUGUAAUCCAGGUGGUAAAGACAGAAAGCGCAAGAUUUGCGACCAGGCGGCGGAACAAGAGAGGACGAAAGUUCCACAGAGUGCAUCGAGGCGGCACAGAGAAAAGAUAAAUGCAACUUUGGAGGAGCUUGGCAGUCUUCUCCCGCUGCCAGAAGAUGCCAGAUCAAAAUUGGAUAAACUGACAGUUUUGAAACUAUCUGUCAGCUAUUUCCAAACUCAAAAUUAUCUUCAGUCUGGGAAAAGAAAGAGACGUGUGGAUGAUGCAUCUGUAAAUGACAUAACCAAGAAACUUGAUGAGAUGAAUAUAAAUGUCAGUGAUAUUUCAUUGGAGGCCUUGGAUUCCUUUUUCCUGGUUCUGUCAGAUUCAGGAGAUGUCUUCUUUGCGUCAGAGAAUGUCUAUAGAUAUCUUGGAUACACUCAGACAUUUUUGAUGCACCAGAAUUUCCUCAAUUUUGUACACCAGGAAGAUGUUGUAGGAUUUGAAAGAUGCUUACGACGGUCUGCAAGAGCUAGAAUUAUCGAGUUGGAAAACGGAAUGGGACUUGAUUGUCAAGAAUUGGAAGAACAACCAAUUCCUCAAUUGUGCUUCUGCAGCAUCAAGUGCCAUGCAGGAAGACAGUCAAGCCACGUUAGUCCAUUCUACUAUAGGUCAUUUAAAUUUGACGGAAAAAUCAAGCCUCUACUGAAUGGCAAGAAGAAGCAGUUUGGAUUAUUUGCUCUUGUUACUCCAGUCAACCCCGCCAAUCCAUUUACCAGUACUCCUAAAGAGUUGCUUCAGUUGUACAGUUGUAAGAUGGGACUAGAUCUGAGGGUACGCAAGCUUGACACAAGAGGACAGAAAUCUUUGUUUUAUCCUGAUAAGGAGGCUGUAAAUAUGACUGGUUAUAUGAUUGCUCAUCCUGACGAUAUCCCAAGUCUGAUGUUGGCCCACCAACAAAUCACAGCUACAGGAGUAUGUGAAAUAGUGUUCAGGCUUACAAAUGGUCAAGGAGUAUUCCAGUGGAUCAGAGGGAAGGCAAGGACUCUGUAUGAUAAGAAUAACAAGCCAGAGGCUAUUACUGCUGAUAAUGUUCUUUUGAACGAUGAACAAGGACCAUACUUCAGAAAGGUUUGUUAUGAAGCGCUCCUUGAAUGGAAGUCUCGUCAGAAGUCUCUUCCUUCGGUUCCCGGUGAGGAUGACCACAAUGCACGUCUGAAGGUAAUUAGUCAAGAAAAAGGGCUUAAAACACCACCACCACCACCACCACAAGCGAAUGGACUUCAAACGGGCGCUGUUCCUUCAUCUGUUCCUUCAUCUGUUCCUUCCCGGUCACAAAAUGUACCAGAUGAACCACGCCCAGUGGAUUUGCCAUGUGCAGUAGACAGAUCAUAUCCCCCACCCCCACCCCCACCAAACGGACUACUUCCACAAGGCAUAACAGGUACAUCAAGUGGGGCACACACAGGGAUACCAACCCCAUUGGGUAGAUCAUUCUCGUCCAACAGACCUGUUUCAGCUGCCGUGCCACCUCUGGCCACCUCCAGGGAAACUGGUAACAUCAGUGGGCAAGGAAUGACUGCCAUACCUGAUGAAGUGUUACUGGACGAUUCCAAAGAUAUUGAGAUUACUGACUUUAGCAGUGCAACCAAUGUGGCAGAACCUAGCGGUCCUAAAUUGCCUACGUUUGACUUGACGUCAGGUUCAUCAAAGUCGUGUAUGUUUGGGUCUGCACACCUGAACAGGCAGCCUGUAGAGAUGAAGCCAACUUUGGCGCACAGUGGAACUGGUCACAACUUCAAGACGGAAAACCGGAAUGAUUCAACUCAUUUGUUCUCAAAACGGAGUAAGUCGGCUCACGAAGAGAUUCAUCGCAUCAAACAAUUCCUUAUGGGUAAUGAAGCAAACUCCUUAACCCAUCUACCUCGGGCUGAUAACACACUUGCUAUCAAUGGGGGAAGUGUUCACAAUGUCGCUGAUCCUUGGGCCGGUUAUCCAGUUGACUCAUCGCCUGUUCUACCUGAGGUAAGUUUCCCGGAUGACGACGAUGAGUGUUCGAUGAACUAUCCACAGGCUUUGCAGAGUGAAAUGCGUCCGCCUUAUCAACCAAACGGGUGCACUUUACCCGGGAUGGUUCAAGGCAAUGUUACGAGCACGCAGUUCGUUGGAACUCAACAACCCGACGCAGAUAACUUUGUAUAUCCGUUUUUACCAGACAUGAGUAGCCUCAGCCAUGUGAAUUCUUCAAACGCCUUUGUUAACGGCAUAUCUAAGCAGGAAAUUCAUCAGAUGUCAGCAACCAUAGAUGGAUUGCCAUCAUCGUUGCACAAUGGGCAGGAGUUUAAUCCAGCAUUCCGUUCCCCAGAGGGAACCCUCCCUCAGUCAUUUACGCCGAGCUACCAACAUAACCAUAAUGGACUACCCCACCCUCAAAGGGGUGCUGGUUUUAACCCAGUCGUAGAUGCUACUUCUGCAAACCAUUUUCCUCUUGAUUUUAUGUUAAACUCCAACACCACAAGUGUACCAAGUCAAGACACUAGCCUGUGGUUUUCAUCAACUAAUGCCACUAACCUAGCUCAGAAUUUGCCCCCAAAAAUCGAAGAUAUGCCAAGCGUGGAUGAAAUUACGCCAAGCUUGUAUGCAAACACUACCAUGGCUCCUUACACUAACCCUGAACAGUUUAACAAUGGACAUCUCUCAGAAUCUGUGCAGCUAUCCGAUGCAUUUCAGCCUCCGAAUGGUAUGCACUUAAACCAGUCCGGUGUGAAUCAAUGCUUUCAAAAACAAACUUUUCAGAAAGAGCCCGGAAGUGCGAAGAAUGUGGAUCCAAAUUUACAUCAAGGUGGAAAUAGCUUACUUAGAAUGAUGCUUACCCUAUAACUAGAGAGUCUAACUUGGUUGUUUGCAUGAAAAUGGUGUGGCAGGGAAAGGAAGUCUUGCUCUGUUUCUUAGCUUCCGAGAGACGCGCGACCCUUUUAUACGUUUUAAUUAACGGUUGCUUCAAUUCAAACGGGAGCUAGUAAGAGCAUUUUUCAAUUGACUGUCGAAGAACGGAAACCAAAGUUAUCAUAACAAAGAAAAGCAUUAUCGUUAGCCGAUGAUAACUCAUAUUUAAUACAGGCAAACUACCCAAAGCGUGGGAAAAUGUGGGUGACCAAGCCACGACUGUUGUUGGUGUUGCGUCUGAAAGGAUGGCACGAGUUUUCUGGGCUAACCACAGAGCGAGGUAAAGCAGAACUUAAGUAAUUCCGGAUUACUUGCGACAUUCCAUUGAAAAUUGCUCUAUGUGUAAAGCAACAGAAAUACUUUAUUAUGUGAAAACGCUUACUUGGUACCAAAUAAGUCAGCGGUCGUAAAUUUUCACCCCAGCACGAACGUCGAUUAAACAACUACGCGCUACUCAGUCGAUCGGUCUGUACGUUGCUUGUCGGAUAAAAAUUUCGGGAGAAAUUCGGUCGGCAUUCGGUAGCCUUUUUGUUCGUGGUGUGUUGUCGGUAACUAGUCAGCUUAAGAGUUUAAGGAGUAAGUUAAGAAGUGAAUCGAUAAAGUGACCUCAAACGUUGUAUUUAUCAGUUAAAUCUGUUUGAGGUGACUUUGGUUUGUUGGUAGAUAUUUCCUGAAUAAUCUAUGUUGGUGAAGAAAGUCGAUAGUUCGUCAAAGUUUUCAUUCGUUUGGUUGCGGUAUUUCCGCGAUCAUCGAUCGGUCAAACAUCGAGGUAUCCAUAGUUCGUCUUUAAAUUUUCGGCAACUUUUGAGCGGCUACUAGGCAGAUUACAAAUAGCUUAAUACAUUAAUACAUUUUUUAAAAGAAUAGUUUUCCCGCUUAAGAGAAAGUCUUACUUAAAGUAGAGAAUAGUGUCUUGAAUUAUUUCUUGUACUAGUUUUACAAACACGUCGUAAUAUAAUCGUAACUAAAUUGUCGUGCUACCAUACAAAUUAUUUCACAUUAGUUUAGGCCAAUUUGGAUUAUAGAAAAUAAAUUUCUUAGUAAAAGACUUCGUAAAAGUAUUUUGGUCGGGUAAAUAACAUUAGAAAGCUAAAAGCAAAUU